AUGGUGAUUAUAUCUACUGUUUCUCAUGAUGUCGUGCCAGAAACACAACAUAUUUCAAUCAAGGUCGCAUUUCCUGAUGAGAUUCCACCCUUAUACUUUAAAAUCAAAAAAACUACAAAACUUACCAAAAUAUACAAUCACAUCGCAAGAAAAUAUGGUGUAAGUCGACAUGGAGGAGCUUUUAGACUAGAAUUUUUGGGUGAAACUUUACGAGUAGAUGACUCAACCCCUGAGGAUAUGAAUAUGGAAGAUGGAGAUUGUUUGUAUUUGUUUUGGAUUACGAGACCGGGAACGGCUGUUGGAGCAGAAGCAGAAAGUAUCACCCUUAGAGUCAAGAUGCCCGAUGAGAUUGAACCAAUCUACCUCAGAAUGAAAACAACUGCAAAGCUUUUCAAAUUGAAUAAUAUUAUUGCAGACCAGUUGGGUGUAAGUCAAGAUAGAAACAUUUUCAGACUUGAAUUUUUGGGCGAGACUUUAAUACUAGAUGAUUCAACACCUCAAGAGAUGCAUAUGGAAGAUUGGGAUUGUCUUUAUUUAUUUUGGACUAACAGAUCAGGGACUGAUGUUGAAACACAAGGAGAAAAUGGUACCAUUGAUGUCAGCGUGUUUAAAAAUGUGCUUGCAGAAAAGCUUAGUUUAGAUCAAUUUGAGAGAAGGCUGAUGGAUUACCAUUGGUGUCAAGGCUGUGAUUAUGGAAGAUGGGCAGUGCAUUCAUUCUGA